AAGUUACUAUAGGAGUUUUUCCGCUAAUUUUUUCUCCUCAUUUCUGUUAUUGUUGUUUACAACACCGUUAAAUUAAUCGACAAUAACCCUUUUUUCCUCCAUUUUAUUUUUCCAUCCUUUGGUUUUCUACGUAGAUAAAAAAAACCAGGGAGGCAGAAUGUGGAGAAGGGCAGCAACCAGGCUAGAAACCCUAGCACUGCUUAAACAGCUUGCAGCUGUUCCACGAUCUGUUGGUGGCCAGUGCUGCCAAAGGCCUCUGUCGUCAUCAGCAUCGUUCGUUCAUUCUUCGGCUGCGCCGUUUAGCAGAACAGGCGCUCUUUUCGCCGAACAUGGUGCCGAUAAAUCUCUGAAGGAGAAAGCAGUGGAAGAAGUUGCGCCAAUUGCAACUGGUCUUGAGCGUGAAGAAAUUGAGUUUGAACUUCAGGGAAAGCAACGCUUUGAAUUAGAGCCUCCCCGUGGCCCUUUUGGAACAAAGGAAGCACCUGCUAUUGUUCAAUCCUAUUUUGACAAGCGAAUUGUGGGCUGCCCUGGAGGAGCUGAUGAUGAGGAGCAUGAUGUGGUGUGGUUUUGGCUGGAGAAAGACAAGCCUUAUGAAUGUCCAGUCUGCACUCAAUAUUUUCAGCUGAAGGUAAUUGGACCAGGAGGGCCACCUGGUGGACACCAUCACUAAUGAUGGUCACAAGUACCGACUAUGCAUAUUGCAUCUUGGCGACCUGGGACCAUACCCACAAUAAACUAGCUGCAGAGGCUUCACUUCAGCACUCUUAGAUUAUGCAAGAGUUGCAAAAAGUUAACAUUGUGGACACAUGCAAAAUCGUUUUCUGAAAACAGCUACCAGUGUGGACUGUAAUCUCAGACAAUGAUGUAACUGUCUUGUGCUCCAUGGUAAUUUUUGCAUUUUAUUUAUACAGUUUUGAAAUUGGAGUAGCCUAUUUGUGGGCUACACAAGAUGAAAGUCAAUUGUUUUGAAAACAUUCUAUUUUUUUCUGAAAAAUUGAGCAAAUAGUAUGCUGCACAUUGCCCCUUAUGUUUCAGAAAAUUCUUGGCAUACUCCAUACCAUGACACUGAAGCUUCAGAAAUAUGUUUUAUUUGCUUGCCCAUAAACUAUUUCUAGGUUUUAGUAUUGGAUCCUGAAUAUCAGAGGCGUAAGGUUCAAUGCAGUCUUAAGUUUCUUGUGCUUUUUAGUCAGACAUGUCUAAAAGCAUAGGAGACAUCAAAACAUUAUUGAUUCCUUCCUCGAUUUGGAGAGAAUAUAUAAGUAGACCCUGGGCUGCAGAAUGAACAGGACACGUUCCAAAUGAUGAUGAGUUAAUUGCUGUGUCUAGAUAAGUGUUUUUUGUUGAUUGUUGAAACAUGAACACUCAUUCAAUUCAAUAAUAUUUUCAUAUAAUUUAUUAUUUA